AUGCAUCACGCCCUGCAAAUCAACGAAAUCAUCACCAUCGUCGUUUGGUUUGUCGGCCAACCCGACUCAAGCGUGAACGGUGAAGCAGACCCGCAAAAGAGCCUUGCAGCUUUGGCCAGAGUCUGUCGCACUCUCUCAGAGCCAGCGUUGGACGUCUUAUGGUCGGACCUCAGCAGCUUGUUCCCACUGUUUCGAUGCCUGCCUGGCGACCUCAUCACCUAUCAUAGUAUGCAUGUCUUUGGUAAUUUCAAAUUCCAGCUAAGAAGGCGUUUCACUCACCGCGACUGGGACGUUUUCUUCAAGUACUCGGCACGUGUUGUCAAACUUCGCGUGAUUCCAGAAGGUCCCGAAUGUAUCCCGCCAGAGAUCUAUCUCGCUUUAUCCCUCCCGCCCGCUUCGAUUGUUUUUCCCAGGUUGCGACGUUUGCAUUGGGUUGAAUGGACAGGUACCGCUGAACGCUGUAUAUUCAUGAGACAGCUGCUCGGCCCCUCCAUAAUCCAGCUGAACCUUACCUUCACCAGCCGCGAGACAAUGACAGCGCAUUUCCUUGGGCUGGUCUCUACUCUGGGUGCAUUAUGUCCCAGAGUCAAGGACGUAGAAUUUUUCGGACAAGGCGACCUUCAGGAGGAUGCCGUCGGGGCAUUGUCCGAAACUAUCUGUUCCUGGCACGAUCUUGAAGUUGUACAGUGCUUCUCCCGUCUGAACAUCACAGCAUUGCGACACCUCGCGUCCCUCAAUUCACUUCGAAUUCUCCGCUUGCAGUCACUCAUGCUCAACCCGUAUCCUACAGAUCUUUGGGGUGUAUCUAACGGCUCUCCUUUCCCUGGUAUCCACUCAAUUACUCUCAAUAGUACUUUCAGCACACUGUCAACUGCCGCUGAGAUGGUUAGCUCCCUUCAACAAAUGCAUGUGGCACCUAGAAGCUUUACCGCGGCGGCGGGGAGGGUUUCGGAAAACUCCAUGGUGCAACUUUUCCAAUCAAUUGCGAAUGGAUUCGAUAGAGAGGCCUUGACCGAUGUUUCCGUCUCAGAAUUGGCAUUUUUGGCCCAGACGCUGCCUGAAUCAAGUCGUAUCAAUCCAGACAUGUUUCGUCACAUCCUAUCCUUCCAAAAUCUACGUUGCAUCGACAUUCAGUCUAGGCGAGAUGUCUUUAUGACAGACGGUGCACUUCUGCAAAUGGCGACAUCCUGGCCGCACCUCUCAUCACUGCGUAUCAACCAGAGAUUUGGCUGGCAGACAAGGUCAAAUGUAACCCUGCACGGAUUACGCAAUAUGUUGCAGGCGCUACCUUGGCUUAUAGAUCUGGCAGUGGCCAUCGACGCAGACACUUUUUGUCCCAUGGAUGUCGAGAGCGACAAAUUAGGAAAUUUUUGCAUUUACAGGCCCUUCACUAUAGAUUUGCUGGAUUCAUGGGUUAGCAAGAACAUCCCGGAGGUAGCAGCGUUUUUAGCCGACAUAUUUCCGCUUCACGAGAUAGGCAGGCAAGACCGUUCGAUCCAUGCCUGGAAAAAUACACUACGAACGAGGGAGACGAGUGGCUAUGUGAAUGCAUGGGAAACUGUAAUUCGCACAGUGGGUGUUAUCAACAAGGUCAGUCUGAAGAGACCGCAGACGCAGCUGAGGUUCGAUAGGGAUGGAGACUAUGACAAUGAGGGAGCUUAUAAUAUUGAUGGUGGGCUGUUAUUGUCUGAUUAG